UAUAUACCCUCGCACCUCCCAUACCUUGGCAGAAACUCUCAGACUCCCCACUUGGCCGCUCCUUCUCUUGCGCCCCUCUUUGCAUCGCGCGCUCUCUCUCUUUGAGGAGGAGGGCUAACGUGUCUGUGCUCUCCGUCUGACGAAGAAGAUAGUGGAAGAAGAAGAAGAAGAAGAAGGGACGACGAUGAGGAUGAGUUGCAACGGAUGCAGGGUGCUGCGGAAGGGUUGCGGCGACAACUGCAGCAUCCGGCCUUGCCUCCAGUGGAUCAAGUCGCCCGACUCCCAAGCCCACGCCACCGUCUUCCUCGCCAAGUUCUACGGCCGCGCCGGCCUCAUGAACCUCAUCGACGCCGGCCCCGAACACCUCCGCCCCGCGAUCUUCCGAUCCUUGCUAUACGAGGCCUGCGGCCGGAUCCUGAACCCGAUUUACGGGUCGGUCGGGCUGCUCUGGAGCGGAAGCUGGCAGCUCUGCCAUGCCGCCACGGAAGCCGUCCUCAGCGGCAUGCCCAUCACGCCGAUCGCCUCGGCCUCCGCCUCCGAGGCCUCCACGCCGCCCCUGAAGGCCUACGACAUCCGGCAUGUCCCGAGGGAGGAGAGCCCCGCCGCCGCCGCCGCGGUGAUGGCGGCUGCAGGAGGCGAGGUCGACCGGGCCAAGCGGAUCCGGUCUGGUGGAUUCAAACGACCCGGAGCCAGGACGAAGGCUCAACGGCACCAGGUGCUGCCGCCGACGGCCGAGUGCUGUGACGAAGAGUCGAACCGGUCGCCGAGCCACCAGUCGUCGCUGAGCCACCAGUCGGAGCUGGGGGCUGAGAACGCGGAGGGCGGCGGCGACAGCAAGGAUACGGAGAGCAACAGCAUGGUGUCAGCGGAGACCACGGCGACAGCGGCCAAGCAGUCUCAGCUGCUCGAAGCCGACCCGGAGCGUCGGGCGGCGGCUGACCGGGAGGACAGAGCUUCGGCCGAGCCGGAGAGCGAGGUGGGGCUCGAGCUGACGCUAGGGUUCAAGCCGGUGCCGCGUGAGAGCCACGUGAUGCCGGUCAAGAAGAGGAGGUUCGACCAGGGAGACGGAGCGUGCAGGAUGGAGCUGGGGCUUUGACUUGACUCCCAAGCUUUCCUUUUCUUCCUUCCUUUUUUUGGCCGACGGCUCUGAGAAUUUGGUAGAAGAGUCUUACAUGUUUCUUUUUCUCUUUACUUUUGGGUUUGGGUUUGGUAGAAAAGUUAUGCAACCCAUUUUCUUCUUCUUUGUUUUUGGGUAAUUUUCAGCUUAGGAAUUUAGGACAAUCACGUUCUCUUGUGAAACGUACAGAGUGACACAUACCUUUUAUGCAGAAGCAAUAUUGUGCUC